GGCGGAGCUCGGAACGCGACCUGCAGGGCGACGCGGCGGCUGCAGCCAUGGGCGCUGAGCCGGAGGAGGCACAAAUGGGGCUCGAGGAACUGCCGGGCCGACCUGGAGAGACUGCCUCCGGGACUGGCCCUCGACGCUGAGCCGCGGUGGGCUCCCCGCCAGUCCUGCGAGGGUCCGUGAUUGCGAGCGGGGCGCAUCGGAGCAGCCGGAUAGCCGCCGGGCACUUCGGGGGGGGCCCGCCUGGCCGCCGAGCGGAUCGAGAGGGCUGUGUGGGCACAUCUGGGGGUACGGGGACCCCUCCACGCACGUUUCGGAGGCCGGGCGCAUCCCCAGGUUUCGCCGCCGGAAACCAGCGCCGCCUCGGUCGAGCCGCAGGGCGUCCCUGGAUGGCUGAGCUGCCCCCUCGCCGGCCGCCCGGGCGCCACAGCGGCUGAGCUCGCUGGGACCUCCGGGCCGCCGCCGCCCUCGUCGUCCCCUGCAUGCCCAGUGCCCGGGUCGCGGCCCACCUGGACGUGCUGGGCCCCCUGGGCCCCUACGUGCCCCCGCCGCUGCUGCCCUCUAUGUUCUACGUGGGCCUCUUCUUCGUCAAUGUGCUGAUCCUAUACUACGCCUUCCUCAUGGAGUACAUCGUCCUCAACGUGGGCCUCGUCUUCCUGCCCGAGGACAUGGACCAGGCGCUCGUGGACCUCGGCGUGCUCUCCGACCCGGGCUUGGGCCUCUACGAUGCCGACUCGGAGCUCGACGUGUUCGAUGGUUACUUGGAGUAGGCCUCGCUACCCCGCAGCUCCCCCCCACAACCCGCCACCUUCCACCCGGACCAGCCGCCCAGAACAUGCCGCCGCUGCUGGUUGAGGGCACCGUUUGGCCGGGGAUGGGACCUCCAGGACCAGGUCCUCUCCGGCCCCCGAGGCCUGCCUGCUCCCUUCAGAAGUUCUGUGCCAACAGAGAGGCUCCCAUCCAGGCCCAGGACAGGGGGAUGGAGAGGUUGAGACUGAGUGCCGAGGUCGGGAAGGCAUUUGUCCCCCUCCCCAAAGGGAGAAGGCGGGCAUGUCCGAAGACCUCUCCCGCCUGCAGCAUUGCACAGAUGGCCUUGCCUUGGCUUCUGGCCUUCCGCACCGCGAUGGAUGUUUACAGGAACCCAGCCAGAGUAUGCCUCCCUGCUCUCUCUCCCCGACUGCACCUGCUCCCCACACUUAACUUUCAAGAGGACACUUCACACCGCGGACACGCACACAGAAACGACAGGCAACUCCGGCUGCUGCCCGUGGAGCCCUCAGCCCGACUGGGUUUGGCCCAGGCUGAUCUUAGAGGCAGCGACCGUUUCCGGGAAUGACUCCGAAGGAGAAGAGGCGGGGAAGGUGUCCGGGCUGAGGGCAAGGCUUUGACUUAUUCAUUUCAAGUUGCUUCUUCAUCAAGUUGCCAAAACUGAUCCACCGCGCCUGGGGAGGCCAUGUUGCUCCUCUGGCCAGAAUUAUUUUUAGAAAAUGCGAGUGGUUUGAAUACUGGACUUUGAUAAACCUGUAAAAGCAAUACUUAGGAGGCUGACUUCUUUCAAUUAAAAAAAUGUAUGCAACUUCAA